AUGGAUGCUGUUUCGAAAUUAAAGCACUUAAAUAUUGCAGCUACGAUCGAGUUCAGUAACAAUGAACUUUUAUAUCUUAUUACAGAAGAUUACACGGCUUUAAACCUCAAGGAGUACGUUGCAACAAACGGUCGUCUUAGCGAUACCGAAGUUCUAAGGAUUUCGAAGUCAAUUGCCGAUGCUCUUACCAUCAUGCACAUGCAGCACGUAGCCCACGGGGGCCUUGAUUCCAGAGCCAUUUGCUUUGACUUUUCCAUGAUUCCAAAGCUCUCCUAUUUUGAUUUUGCUUGCGAUAUAAAUAUCAGGAAAAUUGAAAAAGUCGAAGUUAAUAUUAUGAAUUACUUCCCUCCAGAAUUUCUGCAAUUUAAUUCUAAUAAUCAAUUUACGAAAGAUGCCUGGUGUCUGGGCAUUAUUACGUAUUUUAUGAUAUGUGCUCAGUAUCCUUUCAUCAGCGCCAACCAAAUCAAGCUGGUAAACAUCAUCAUCAAAUGCCAAUACAUGCUACCCCCUACAACACAUCCUACUAUUCACGCCCUUAUUGCCAAAACAUUGGUUCAAGAUCCAUCGCAACGAGCAAACGCGCGCUACAUCUCAAUGAUGCUCCGCUCAGUUGAAGCGGCACCACAGCGUCAGAAAAUUUUGAGAAAAUUUGCCCAAUCUCAAACAUUGGGCAGACCACGCCCUCCUACACAAAUCUGCAUCGAAGAAGUCGCUAGAUGCGGACAAAUAUCCUUCAGACGAGUGUCUGUGGACUCGGCAGCCCAGGCUCCGUCUCUUCCAAGAACAAGACUACAGCCAUGCUCUUAUACAAACGCUGUUAGAAGCUCUAUUUUGUAA